ACUCUAGUCAGUAAGUAAAAGUUUUUAAUAUAUACUUAAUAAUCGACUGCAUGUCGUUUUCAAAUACAUAAAAAAAGUGUGUUUACUACAAAUGUUUUUCUUAUGCACUUUCAAUGUUAUUUUUAUAUCCUGAAAAAUGAUGGAGUGAGUCAAUCUUGGUGUCCAACGAAUUCGACCUGUAAAAAGGUUUGAAGAAUAUGUAUCCAGAAUUUGAUCAAUUCUUUCUAAAGUUAUUGUAGAACAUACAAACAAAAAGACUACCAACGACUUUGGCUUUAAGUGAGAAAAUGUCUUGGAUCAGAAAAAGCUCUUUGAAUUGUAUUCAAUCUUGUUGUGUCAAAGUUCUAAAAUGCGGGGCUGUUCCUAAGCAUGUGGCUUUCAUAAUGGAUGGUAACAGAAGAUAUGCCAAGAAGAAUAACGUUGAUAAAAUACAGGGGCAUACCAAAGGAUUCGACAAAUUAUCCGAAACUCUACAGUGGUGCCUUGAUCUUGGAAUUGAAGAAGUAACGGUGUAUGCAUUCAGCAUUGAAAAUUUCAAACGUAGUCAAGAUGAAGUCGAAUCUUUGAUGGAUCUUGCUCGACAGAAGUUUAGGAGACUGUUGGAAGAAAGAGAGAAGCUGAUGGACCAUGGAGUCAGAAUUCGAUGUCUAGGUAAUCGAUCAUAUAUUCCUGAGGAUCUUAACAAGCUCAUUGCUGAAGCUGAACUGAUGACAAGGUCCAAUAGUAGAUGUUUCUUGAAUAUUGCUCUUUCAUAUACGGCUCGCGAUGAAAUCACUCACGCUGUCCAAACUGUGGUAAAGGGAGUAGAAGAAAGCCACAUUAGCGAAGAAGACAUAACACCGACUCUUUUGUCUCGAUGCCUUUACACCAACGAAUCACCCAAUCCUGAUAUGGUAAUUAGAACCUCUGGAGAAACAAGACUGAGCGACUUCUUGCUAUGGCAGUCGUCCUACAGCUAUCUGCAUUUCACCGAUGUCCUGUGGCCUGACUUUUCUGCCUGGCAUCUCCUGUCUGCGAUAUUUCACUACCAGCGUGCUCUGGCCAACAUCAAUCAAAACAGUAAACAUUCAUCAUUCCCCACACAAGUCUUGAGCCAACGUGCCGAGUCUUUCCUUGAGACUAAAAACGACCAAUACUGGUCUUCUCUGAAAGAGAACAUAGCUGUCCAAUAAUUUAUAAUAUUUGUAAAUUUGGUACAUUUUCUCUGUAAAUAUUUGAGAGGUUAGAUAAUUGAGAUGAGUAUUGAUCAUUAUGAAUGACAUUGCGAUCUACGUUUAUAAUAGACACGUCUGCACAGUUCAUUAGCUGAUGAAUAAACGAUAAAUGCAUUUUUGUUAAUAUAUGUGAAUAUUUAGAUUUAGGCUAAUAUGAAUAGAAAAUUAAAAUAAAGAAAAAUAAUAAAAUUUGACAACAUUGUGAAUCUUUUUUCCGUAGAACUAUUGAAAUAUUUUAAAUGUCUUAAAUACUUCUAGUCCAUUAUUUACAUCAACCUACAACAGAAUGUAAAAUUAAUAUUUCUUCUACGUGAAAAUUUUAUUUACGUGAUAAAUUUGUAAUCUAUCUCUGUAAAUUCAACAGUGUCUUUUUAUUCCUUGAUAUUUUGUUUAUGUUUUAUAAUACUUAUUUGUUAAACGUCCUACUAAAAAUUUCAAUUCAUCUCAUAGAAUAAUUGUUCCAUGUGAAUAGCUUCAACUUGAAGACUCAUCCUGACCCAGGGAAUUUAUGUAGUUAAGAUGGGUCUUCAAGUUGAAGGUAUGAAUUCCAACUGAAGAUGUAACAAUUAUUAUUCUAAUAUGUUGUUGCUUAAAUAUAUUCAAUGCAUCAAUAAAUUGCAUAUUCUUUGUUGCACAUUCAACCUUUUUGUGCAUAGGUACUUGUUAUACAUCGCCAAUUACAUUCCAUUUUGCAAGAUCAAACAAAAUUGUUGAAAGUGAGUCCUGAAUCAUUCUGAAACGAACAUUUUACUAUGAAGCAAUAUAAAGUAAAAUAUUAUACAAUUGAAAAACAGUC